AUGGAUAGCUUUGGGAAAAGUAAAAAAUUAGAGAUAUCUCACAUGAAAUGGCAGCUGCACUUUGACAUGGUAGGACUAUGUGUCUCCCCUUAUUUCAUGCCCCCACAGGCUCAGACACUAUAUCCGGAUUCCAUGUGUGUUGUAGUGCAGACUGGCCCAAGCAAUCUCUCCAUAGACAACUUUGCUACAAGCACACACCAAGAUCUCAAAACUGAUAUACAAAUUAAAGGCACCUACACUACAGGGGAAAAUGUUGCAAUAUGGAAUGGCAGGAAGCUGGUCGUGUAUGAAAUAACAGGGGACAAAUCUACUAUACGCGCAGCAGGGACAUUUUCCACUGAAUCCACCAUAUGCUGCUUAUAUGAGCAAAAUGUCUACACAAUAGAACAGGGCAAAGUACAAGUUCGAACAUUCCAGGGCACCGUAAAGCAGCUGAUUAGUUUCACAGAGGUAGAGGGUCAACCUGUAACAUUGGAAGUCUGUUCAGUCGGCACAGAGAAUGGAAUCAUUAAACUAUAUGACUUAUCCAGAAGGGAGGCCAAGCAGAUAGGAACUGCAAAGAAUAUGACUGACGUCAUCUCACAUUUUGGGGGAUUUGUAUCACUCAGGUGUAACUGUGCUGGAAAUAAAGUCAGUCUCUGUAUUAAAAAGCCCAAUGGUAGCACAGACAGUAAACUGUAUAUCUGGGACACUGAACUAGACACUUUACAGUACUUUAACUUUGAGACUGGUAAAGGAGAACAAGAUGACUUCGCUCCUGGCACAAUGGAAAGUGACCAGGAAACUGCAGAAGAGAGAGGGAAGAACCAAGCGGCUCGUGAUAUUGCAGGUAGAUUCCCAAUCUCCCAUUUCUGGGAUCCAUUGGAGACUAAACUACUGGUCUGUGAGACUAAAUCAUUGCCUAACCAACAGAGCAAGCUGAACCAAAGUAUUUCUCUCACAUCAUCCAUGUCUAGGGCUACUCUAGAACAACCGCCAGAAAUGAUGAUCGUUUCUCUGUUCGUAACACCAGAGAAUGGGGUCCUCAUUCAGGACAGUUUUUCUAUGAAGAAGUCUCACAGCUCUAUGCUUGGAAUGCAGGUGCCCUAUUACUACUUUGCUAGGAAGGCUGAAGAUACAGACAAAGCCGAUGCCAAUGCUGCACUAGACGAGAGCAUGAACCGUCCACAGACCACUGCAGCGCCAUCUUUCACAUCAAAGGCUGUUUCACGACGUACUAUGCGUGAUUUCAUUGGUUUAGAGGAUGCAGAUAAGAAUGCGCGUGAUGCCAUGAUGAACUUUAGCUUCUAUCUGACUAUAGGGAAUAUGGAUGAAGCAUUCAAGGCUAUUAAAUUAAUCAGGAGUGAAAGUGUUUGGGAGAACAUGGCUAAGAUGUGUGUGAAGACUAGAAGGUUAGAUGUCGCCACUGUCUGUCUGGGCAACAUGGGGCAUGCUAGGGGGGCUAAAGCUUUACGUGAGUCAGUUGCUGAACCAGAAUUAGAUGCCAGGGUUGCUUGCUUGGCAGUGCAACUGGAUUUACAUGAAGAUGCAGUGAGGCCACUGAAAAAUUGUAAACGGUAUGACCUUUUAAAUGACUUCUACCAGAGCAAUGGCCAAUGGGGCAAGGCCAUGGAGACAGCUGAGAUGUAUGACAGGGUACAUCUGAGGACAACGUACUACAACUAUGGCAAACAUCUAGAGACCAAAGGAGACGUCAAUGGAGCAAUUCCAAACUAUGAGAAGUCUGAGACGCACAGGUUUGAGGUUCCAAGGAUGUUGUUUGAUGACACACAGAUGUUAGAGAACUACAUUGUCAAGAAUAAAGACAAGCAGUUGCGUAAAUGGUGGGCCCAAUAUAUGGAGAGUGCAGGAGAAAUGGAGACAGCUUUACAGUUCUACGAGGCUGCAGCCGACUAUCUCUCUCUAGUGAGAGUCUACUGUUACUGUGGCAACCUUGACAAGGCAGCUGAGAUCUGUAAUGAGACUGGGGACAGGGCAGCAUGCUAUCAUCUAGCAAGACAAUAUGAGAACAACAAUGAAAUCAAACAAGCCAUUCACUUCUUCACCAGAGCCCAGGCUUAUGGAAAUGCCAUACGACUAUGCAAGGAGAACGAGUAUGAAGACCAGUUGAUGAACCUGGCCCUUGUUAGCAGCCCAGUGCACAUGAUAGAGGCGGCUAGGUACUAUGAGAACAAACAUGAUGGCAUGGACAAAGCAGUCAUGCUCUAUCAUAAGGGUGGGAAUUUUGCCAAAGCACUAGAUCUUGCAUUCCAAAGUCGUCAGUUAGGGGCUCUCCAACACAUAGCAGAGGACCUUACUGACACUACUGAUCCUGAACUGCUGCAGAGGUGUGCUGACUUCUUCAUGGAGAAUGGACAGUUCGAUAAAGCAGUGGAUCUGCUUGCAGUAGGCAAAAAGUACAUCGAGGCCCUAAAACUAUGCCACCAACACCAAGUGCCAAUGACAGAGGAACUAGUGGAGAAACUGACACCUGCUAAAGGGGUGGCUGAGAAUGAAACUGAUGAGAGAAACAAGAUAUUAGAAGGAAUAGCUGAAGUGUGUAUGAACCAAAGACAAUACCAUUUAGCAACCAAGAAGUUCACACAGGCUGGAAAUAAAAUGAAGGCUAUGAAAUCUCUAUUAAAAUCAGGUGACACAGAGAAGAUCAUUUUCUUCGCUGGGGUGUCUCGUCAGAAGGAGAUCUAUGUAAUGGCUGCUAAUUAUCUCCAAUCGUUGGACUGGCGAAAAGAUCCCGAGAUCAUGAAAAACAUUAUAGGGUUCUAUACCAAGGGACGUGCCCUAGACUCACUAUCAGGCUUCUAUGAUGCUUGCGCAAUGGUUGAAGUAGACGAAUACCAGAACUAUGACAAAGCACUUGGGGCCCUGACUGAAGCCUACAAAUGUCUCACUAAAGCCAAGAUGAAGAAUCAGACUCAACAAGAGGAGAAACUCGCAGCCUUGAAGACGAGGAUCACACUCAUGAAGAAGUUUGUCACUGCACGAAGAGCCUAUGAUGAGGAUAAAGAUGAAGCUGUUAAAGCUUGUCAGGUCCUACUAGAAGAACCAGAACUAGAUUCAGCUGUUAGAGUAGGAGACGUUUUUGGAUUCAUGAUUGAACAUUAUGCCAAGAAGGAGCACUGGAAAGCUGCAUAUGCAUGUAUGGAGGAGAUGCGAGCAAAGAUCCCUAAAGUGAACCUAGGUUACUAUGUUAACAUGAGGACUAUAGAACAAGUGCAUAGUGCCCUACAGAUCCCGCUGGGUCGGGGUACGGGGGCGGAGAUAAAUGGCUUCCAGGCAGGCUCCCCGGGAGAUGAGGAGACAGGCGAAGAAGUUGAAGAGGAUGUCAUCGAUGACUUUGCUGAUGAUUGA